GGCUGGCGGGCCAGAGGUGGGGGGGGGCUGGCAGCGGGUUAAGGUGUUGCUGAAGCGGAGCAGACGGUCUUCCCAUCCGGCAGACCAUGGGCGCUCAACUGAGCGGAGGCCAGGGCGCCCCCGAGCAGGCGCAGCCCCCGCCCUCUCCCCCGGCAGGGCCGGGGCCCCAGCCCGAGCCCGGCCCGUGGGGGCCGCUGGAGGACGUGCGCUUCCUCAUCGUCUGCACCUCCUGGUACUGACGCGGCCGCCCUGGAGCACGUGAGCUGCCUGCCGCCCCGCCCUUGAAUCCUCCCCACGCCACCCUCAACGCUGGCGCCGGGAGACAGGGUCUUGGGGACUGGAAGUUCCCACAGAGCUGCCUCGGGUUUACCGGCUCCAUCUGAACUCGACCAACCCUGAACUUCAUUGCUAGCUUGCGCCACACGCAGCCCUUCGUGUUCACCACCCCCUCUCCAGCUGUCUGCGUGCUCUUCGGAGCUAGAUCCCGGCCAGGCUUUCUGGGAAGAGCCUGAGGCCUAUCGGACCCUCACUGCUAGAACUGAGCUCCUGCCUGCGGCCCAGGUCCCGAUGCCACAUGCAGUGACUUAGAGACUCUUUACUUAACGCGGCCGCUCCCCAUCGGAGGAUGUUUGAGUGAUGUGGCAGAUGAUGCAUCGGGGGCAACUCGAAGGUACCCCGAAGCCCCCUCGUCCCCCUGAAUUAAACCUUCUCUUAGAACCCG